UUUAUACUUCUCACAUUGCAUUUCAGUUUAUUUACAGUUGAAAUUAUCUUGGGUUAGUUUGACAUUUUAGAAAUAUAUUUCAACUAUGCAAUUUACGCUGCUUAAAAACUUGUGUUUUGCAAUUCUUCUAACGUCUGGCCAAAGUAAUGUUGUAAAUGAUGCGUUGUCUGAACAAGUGUUGAAAAGGUUUGAUGGACAAUGGGAUGCAAUAUGGAUUGCAGUAUCCGAAUUGGUAGUUAGAUUAGAUGCAUUAGAAAAACGCCUGGAAGAAAAUAAGUCAGAAGAAUGUGCCCCUAGUGAGAGACAAGAUACAGAUGAAGUAACUUCUCAUUACCGGAUUGACGACAAACUUAAAGAAGAAUUUAUGAUUUUGAAAAAAGCUUUUGUUGCAGAGAAAGAAAAUCUUCGAGAGUUUGUAGAAUUGCUUGAACAGAAGGUUGAAGCGAAGAUGAAAGACGUGGGCAUAGAAACUGUGACGGAGCUUAAGCAUAAAGUGAAUCUACUGGCAAAUGAGAAAACAGACAAAGAGUUGUCGGAGGAUAUACAGGGAAGAGUUAGGACGGUUGAAAAGACAUUAAAUUCAGUACAAUCCAUAGCUGAUGCCCUGGAGAAAAGAACUAAAUUAGUAGAGUCUAAGGCGAAUAAAAUGCAAGAUUCUUCAAAUGAGUUUGAAGGCAGGCUAGUUGACAUAGAGACGAGCGUAUCAACUAUCAUGGAAACUCAAAAUAGGAAAGUCAGUUUCACAGCACAAUUAAGGCCACCAGGAGAUGCAACUGCUGUACUAUAUAAGAAAAAUCAAAUCAUUAAAUUCAAUCACGUAUUUUACAAUGAUGGUAAUGGUUUUAAUACCACUUCCGGUGUGUUCACAGUGCCGGUAUCCGGUGUGUAUCAGUUUAUUUUCUUUGUCGAAGGCUGGAAGGUGGAUGAGGACAAUGAUUGUCCGGAAGCAAUUGUUUGGUUAGUCGUUGAUAGAGUUGGUCUCGUAAUAGUUGCUGUUGCUGAGCCAGUGAAUAAGGGACACCACGUUCAGGCCGGCAACGCGUACAUCAAUUACUUUACAAAAGGUCAACAAGUACUUCUUGGAACUACACAUACAUGCGAGACCUCUGUGAUUGCCGGGUACAGGACAACGUUUUCUGGCGCACUUUUAUACUGAAAAUAAAUACAGAUUUCAGCCUUUUUGUGGAUUUCAAAAAGUUCAAAUGGACAAUGGAUGUUGCCUUUUUAAGCGAAGGAACUGAUACUUUAUGCAACCUUAUGCAGUUAACCUCACGUAUAGCAAAUACUAUUAUAGCAUACUUCUGGUUAUGAUGAUAUAUCGUAUUAUGUGAAUCAAUAUUGACCCUAUCAUGCUGGAAUUUUCAAUAAAUUCAUGGUAUGAUAUUCCAUUUAUUUAAUUGUAUUACAAACACAAAUUUAAUAAACAUGUUCAAUAAAUGUGAUGUUGCGUAAAAUCAAAAUAUCGCAAAAUUUUAACAUAUGUGAUCUUUAUUCUUUAUGAACGAAUGCCUACUUUGACUUUUAAAUCACAAUGGCAGUUAAUUUAUCCUUGUACAUUUCAUUUUGGGGUAGACUUUAGUUUAAGAAAUCUUGGCUCGUAAGUCGUUACUAGGUGAUGGUCUGUUGCACUCCACAGGGAGUUCAGGAAGACUGUUGUCACUAACAAUAUGCUCUUUAAUGGUUAUGUCAGCGCCGAUCAUAAACCAAUACGAUGAUCUUUAAACUUCGGAUCUUUUUCAAUGUCUAAAGAACAACAUAUGAUUGCAGUUUCUGCAGGAUUUCUUACAAGCACACGCCCAGAGCGCCAAGUAUUUUUCGGAACAUUUAUAAACAACAUCAACGUGAUAGAAUAUCACCAAAAUCAUCAGACUUAAAUGUAUGAUAGAAGCUAUACGAGGUGAAAUGAAACGCUUCAUAGGAUGUUUUGAUACAGUGCCACAAACCAUCGCCUGGGAAUACUAGUAUGCGAACAUUGUCCAAUAGUGAAUAAAUCUACCCCAAUAUUAUGAAAAAGAUUGGGUCACAUUCAUGCCAUAACGCUCCCAGGUUGUAAAUAACAGUCAGGGUGAGCAUACAAUAUUAGGAUAAUUUUCAAUAAUACAGAUAUUUUGCUACAUUAGCUUACAACGCACUAUCACAUUUAUUGGGCAUAUUAAUUAAAUUUGCGUUUCUCAUGAAAUUUAAUGAACGAAAUGUCAUAUUAUAUGUCUUUCAACUGUAUUUAUUUAAAUCCAGUGGAACAUGAUCAAUGGACACAUGAGACCAUUUACACAUGCACAUUUAUAAAAUUUGUGAAGUGUAUAGGGAAUUAUUGUAUAUAAGGAAUUCAUAUUUUAGUUCUGAUUGACGAAAAUGCAUUGAAAAUGUUAUAAUUAUAUUUACACGAACUCCAGAAAAAGGAAAACCUAUAUUUAUUCUACGCUUGUUUCCAUUUGCAUGAAUAAACAGUUGAAUGAAUGAAUUUGCAUCUUUUUCAAUAAGAAAUUUUCAUUAACAUAUAUCCUAUCAUGAAAUACGUCAUUGAUAUUUGUAAAUUCUUGCAAUGGCAUCAAGUGGUGCAUGUUAAAACCUAUUGUAUAUAAACUUAAAAAUAGUUAAGUGGCUUUGCUUUAUAAAUAAAUGUUGUACAACAUGUUGCAGUAGUGUCAUAAUUAUAUAAAAUCAAUAAACAUUCCUCUUAUCGUA